AUGGUCCAGCUGGCUCGGGAUGGGAAUCUCGGAGAACAGGAGGUCCGCCCGGUCCUGGGGGUCGCGGGCAGCAAGGGCCACAUCCCAGGACUGGGGUCGUGGGGGGCGGGAGGGUGGGCGCCCUGGGAAGGAGCCCCUGGCCGGGGCUGGAAGAGCUGGCAGGGGAGAAGGCGGGUGGGCAGAGUGGAGCCAGGGCUGCCGGGGGGCAGUGGGGUGGCAGGAACGGGGGGGCAGUGGGGUGACAGGAACGGGGGGGGCAGCGGGGUGGCAGGAACGGGGCCGGCGGGCAGCGACGGAGCUGGGGCGGCCCGCGGGGGGGCGGGAGGGGGCGGCCGGGGACGGAGGGCGACAGGUGAGCGGAGGGGCUCCCGGGGCUCCGGGGGCGUCGAGGCACCGGGGCGGACGGCGGCCACUCACCGGCUCCGGCUCCGGCUCCGGCGCGUCCCCUCGCCGCCGCCUCGGCUGGACUGCGCUCGGCUCCGAGGCCGACGCCCCGCCGGGGCCGCGCACUUUCGGUUUCCCUUCCCCGCAGGCCGGGCCGGGGCGGGCCGGGGCGGGGCGAGGCGCCCGGCGGGCGGCCCGGAGGAGGAGGAGGAGGACGAGGAGGCCGGCGGAGGCGGUGGCGCGGGCCGCGGCGCAGGAGGGCCGGGACUCGCCGGCCCGCGUCCCCGCCCUCGGGGCGGGCGGAAGGGCGGCGUCGCCUCAGCUCCCCGCGGCGGGCGGGCGCGGCCGGGGGGUGGGGACCGCGGGGGCCGGGCGAACUGCGCCCCAGGCCCUCGCCAGCCUCCGCCGGCCCCGAAGGAACGGGGACCCGGCGGGCGGCCCGGUGCAGGCGAAGCGCGACAUGGCGGCGAGGCUGGAGGGAAGGGGGCGGGGAGGGAGAGAGGAGGCGGGCGACGUGCGGCCGGACUACCACCAGAAGGAACUACAUUUCCCAGAUCUCACCGCGGCCGCGACCGGAAGAGGCGCUCCCGGGCUCCUAUGCGCAGGCGCGCCACCCGCUCCGUCCUAUAUAAGAGAGGUCCGGGACGCUCUCGUCCUUUCUGUUUUCCGGCGCCUCUCCGGUUGGAUCGUUCGUGGAGGGAUGUGGUCGCCUCGCGGGAGCCGCCUUGCGCGUGGGGUGAGCGCCGCCCGGCCAUGCGGGAAGGCCGCGGAGGACCGAGGCCGCCGUCGGGGCCUCGGGGAGGCCUUGUGCAGACGUCCACCGCCCCCGCCCGUCUCCUGACCUCCCGGGCGAGCGUUCCUCGGUGGCCGGCGUGCAGGGAACACGCGCUCUGCAGCGUCUCCAGGCGGCCGUGAACACGCGGCGUUCAAGUUGUGGUGUAACAGGUCGGUUUUUGGUUCUUCGGAGGGGCUGGGAAUGGAGCCUUGGUCCUCGAGCGUUCUAAGCACGUGCUCCGAGUCAAUCUGCACCACAUACAUACUGGGCAUCAUCUCUGGGGCACUAGGUAGUACUUUUUACAAGUUUGGCUGUUAACCGUUCAGUUCUGGGGAAGAUUAAGCGUACCCAGUGGAGUUGGCCCAUCGUGGAAUUUUGGGGCAUUUAUGUGGCCACGUUGGAAGUUUUCAAGAGAACUGGUUUUCUUAGAGCGCUACAACGUUAUUGUCCCAGGUGACUUUAA